AUGACCAGAUAUUUGAAGCUGCCGUUUCUGGGGCAGAACAUCAUUUCCCACUCAUCUUCCUCAUUCCUGACAGUGGGUGACAUACUACAGGACUGGCAAGUUGCAAUCCAGAAAAAAGCUUGGAACUUGAUACUAAUCCCUCAAAAAUUUGUAUUUGUCAACUACCCAAAACCGAAGAGCUUCCUCUCAUGGAUAGAUUGCAUAAUGCAUUUCCUGAACAUCCUGAAUGAUAUGUUGCCAGGAGUAAUAAAGCCAAAUGAUGUUGUUUCUAUAGAGUACUUACAUUAUGAUGGUUAUUUGGUACGAGCAAUGAUCACCUUUCAAGAUCAAAAUUUGGCCAAACUUAUCCACAUAUCAAGACAUCUAUUCUUAAAGGAAAGGAUAGCAAUACUAAGAUUCUUUGAAAAUAGGGUACCAUUGAUGCCAAACGUGAUAAGCCAAUGGUAGAAGAGGAUCAGGAAAAAUCCAAAAAGGAAAACUGACCCCAAAAGGUCUAGUCUGGUAAUCACAAACAAGAGACCCCAAAAUUAAAAAGGAAAAGCACACCCUUACAUGAUUUGCAAUGCCCUGUGAGCGAGCAAAAGGACAAUUUCUUUACAGAAGAAAACACUCUAAUUAGUCAAUUCUGGUCAUUUCCGUCCUCAAUCCAAGCUGAAAUUUUAGAAAGACUAGAAACAUUAAGUGGGUGAACAUGUGACACACUGACAGAUGCCAGCCAUGCCAGCAGAAAACUCCUUCAGUGAAAUCUGAACACCAUUUAGAUCCAUGAGUCUUCAGUACAAGCUUAACUGGUUCCCCUACUUUAAGGUAAGGUUGCUCCAACUCUAAAUCUCAGCACCCACAGGUCUUCAUGCAGUUGUCCAGCAGAAAAUGCCGGGUCCAAAGUGUGACAUGCAAUUUAUUUUAGGCUGAUCAUAUGCUGGCAUAGUCCUGUGGUUGCCAUGGUGCCCAUGAUGUUCUGAGUGGCUUCUGCUGAGCUUCCCUCAACAUGGAUGUUGGUCUUUCAGAACCAACAGCCCAUGGGGGCUCCUUAACAUCUCCACCAGCUCAGGCAGGGUGAUAGUUGGGCAGGCAGCAGCAUAGUUGGUACAUCUGCAGAGUCCGCAUCUUGUCCCCUGCACUCAAAGCUAGGUACAAGAACACAAGACCAGGGCUGUUCUGGGUAGAACCGUGGAGAAGGAAACUGAACUGCUCUUCCUAGCCAUUAAGUCUGUAUUGGUGCUGCACCAAUAAUCUAGGAUUACAGAACUGGGACAGACUGAGUCCCCAUCCCCAGCUCAUCCACCAAAUUAUUGAUGAUGCAAGCCAGGUUGGCUCCUCCCCACAUCAGCUGUCACCUGGCAGCAGCCAUUCCAUUGGCUUACAGCAAAGGGAGAGGUGGGAGGCAAAGCUACUCCACCAGUUCUGUUGAGACAACAGCAAUUCUUUGAUCCUCCUUUCCUCAAACUGUUUCCAUUCCAGCUGAUCAUAUUCAGCUAAAAACCAAUGCAUGUUUGUUUUUUCCUCCUCCCUCCCAAUCCCUUUUCCCUUUGUGUCAUGCACCCUAGAUAUAAGCCUGAGGCAGGGACUGUCAUCCCAGAUGGGGUUUGCAAAGUCAAAUAAACAAUAAUCUCGUAUUAGAGUUGUUUUACCCUUGUAUCAGCCUGGCAUUUAGCAGCAGCGCCUCAAGAUUUGCCAGCUUGUUGAUAAAACAGCAAGGGUAAUUGUGGAUCAAAAGGGACCAGAAGCUGCAAGCAGGCUUUAUUUACCUGACCUUUCUUCUUCCCAACUGGCUUGCCCAUUAAUGAGAUUAUUGGAACAUUCCCCUCACCUAAGAAACUGGCAUCAUAUGCUCUGAGCAGUUACUAAGCAGUAGCAUGACAUGUGCCAUAUGAACAUAAUAAAGGCAAAAACACACCUCCCCCUCCCCAAGGAUCAUAAUAAGCCAAUUUUUGCAAUCCUCUCUCUUACCAGUGAUGGAAUGGUCCCUCUUCCUUCCUCAUCUGUCAGGCUGGGGCAGACUUCUACUAUCUAUUUCCUGCACAGUUAGAUCCAUUCUCAUACUAGACCAUACGUUUGUUAAUGCCAUAGGAAUGGCCACUCCCAUAUUCCUUUUGCUCUGAAGAAGCUGAAGGUUGUCAAAACACACAUUCGGAGGUCAUGAAAAACCACAAAUUUAAUUCUUGAUGAGGAAGAAAUGAAAGUAUGAAAGAAAUGAAGUAUGAAAGUGUAGUGUGGAAAUAAUUGUCCCUUAGCCAAUAAAACUUUCCUCUCUCCUGUGGACAGUAGUCUAUACCGACACCUUGUCUCUCACAUGCCAUGGUGGUUUCUUGCUGCUGUCACUGCCUGCCAUUUCCCAUCACUGUUUCGUCUCAGCAGCCCACGCAGAAGCAAAGGGGCACAAGAGAAACUGACACAAGGAUGCCUGGUGCUCCCUGUUGGGCAGCUGGGCUCUUGAGAUGUGGUUCAGCGCACAGGGGUCCCCCUCCUGUGGUGGCACUCUGACGGGCUUGCCAUAAUGUGGACUGGUACAUUUCUCUGGGAAUCUAACUUAAGGGGAAAGGGAACUGUCACAUCUUGCUCUGUGAAGAAACCUAAUUAGACAGCUCUGUGGGGGCCUGAGAAGCAGAACACAGUGUGUGAAGAAGGCAGACUUGUAUCAAGAGGCCAGGGAGCCUUGUGGCGGACUGUUCAGCGUAGGGUGAAUAAAACAGUCUAAACCCUUCCCAAACAAACUGGUAAUAGAACUUCCAUCAAUGCAGGUUUGGAAUUAAGUGGACAGUCGUCAAGCAAUUAUUUGUUGGUGGGCUGUUUUGAUCCCAACUCUGGCACACUCUACUGCAUGAUUCCCUCAAUGUCUCUGCUGCUCACCAGCCUUCUCAGUUCAGAUGCUCAAUAUGUAAAAGGCUGGUUUGUAAAUGGAAAUGUUGCAGUUGACAUUGGUGUCGAUUGUAAGAGGUGAAGGACAAGCAUGAUCCCUUUCAGGCUUAGGCCCAGCAAACUGGGGGAGAGCAAGGAGGGUGUGAAGGAGGCUGGUGGGGAAUCAGAUUGUGGGGUCUGUGUGUGUGUGUGCACACACACACACACACACACGUGUGUUCCUAGUUCCCUCUGCUACCAACUUGCUUCCACUGCCUUCACACUCCAAAGACAACUCUUUCCUCUUUGUGCCUAAAACCCAUUAAGGGAGACAAUUGGCAGACUUGCCCCAGGGGCACAUGGGCAAGGGGGCCUGAACUCUUCUCCCAUCUGUGACUUAAUCCCCCACAGCCCCUCUUCUGAAGUGCUUUUCUGUCAACCAGGGUCACUUCCAGUAUUGCAACCUUGCCUGGAAGAAAAGAUACCUGGAGAGAAGGCCUGUGUGGAGGCGACAGGGAGAGUGUUCUACCCUCCUCACCUAAACAUGCCCUUUUUACUUUUAAAAUUUCCAGGACUGGAGCUCUUCUGUGUCUAUACACACUCUGUUCCUAGCACAUUCUAGGUUAGAACCCCGUUCCACUAUCAUUUCUUGCCAGAGUCUUCCACAAGGUCUUCCUGACUUAGUGGGCUGAUUCACUCUAUGCAAGGGACGCCUAGAUGAUUCACUGCUGAUAGUUUGAACAGACCCAAUGGAAAAGCAUGGCCUUGACCUCUUGUGGACUGCUCUCAUUAAUGCUCUUCUUUGAUCAGUGAGCGUCCAAUCACAGUUGGAAAGUGCCCUCCAAACCUUCAGUCCUGAAGUGAUGUCCCUGCCUCAGUUAUCUCUAGUGAAACUGAAAAUCUCCAGUGAAAUUCCAGGCCUAGAGAGGGAGCCAUCUGGCAAGGACAGUAGCUCUGCAAUGUGAACCAGUUCAAGGUCCCAGGAGGCUUAAAGUAGGUGAGUGACAAACCUAACUAAUUGGCAAGACAGUUGCUAUUGCCCAUUUUUGUUUCUUCUCUCAGAAGAGAUAUCCCCUGCAUUUCUUUCCUCCUCUUCUGCCCUUUAACGUUGUGUGUGAAAUUUGCAACCCCUUGGGAUCCAUUUCCAUAUUUGCUGUGCCAAUUACUCCUAUAGCAGGAAAUGCCCCUUUAACAGAAAGCCUGGCCAGGUUGACUCUCCAGUGCUUUGUCAACAAACUCAUGCAUGUAAGCUAAUUAAAUUACAUGCCGUGCCAAAUACUAAAUCAUGUGUCUGUCUGUUGGGGUGGGGGGUGUGGAGAGUGUCUGCCACAGAACUAGCAGUUGUAGAUGAUUUUCAGAAGAAAAACAGAGAACUGAAAACCUGACAUGUCACUAGGCCAAACAAGGCAGUCUGUGGGAAAUGCACACAGAUGUUGUUUGUGUGGGUCUGUGCCCAUUGUGUAUUUUUAAUAUGGAAGGGAGCUGAAGGGAGCUGCCAAUUAGAUCAAAGCUGUGUGUGUGUGUGUGAUUACCCUGUAAACAAUUUGUCCACUCAAAAUUGCCCUGCAUAAGCUGCUUUUCUUCCCAUAAUGUCAGGGACUGGCAGGACCCUGAGCAGUGUGCACUGGGGGAAGGGGGACUGGAGCGUGAUUCGUGAGAGUGGGCCAGUGAUUUGUGGGACCUGUACUGGCCAGAAGGCAAGUGUUGGAGGCAAGGGAGGCUUCAGAGCUGGAGGAUGGAGGACAGGAUGGGUUGGAAGAAGGGGUGGAAGAGGCAGGCAAAUGAAGGGCUGGGUGCUCCCCCACCCCCCAUCACCCUCUCCUGCACCACUAUGUCAUGGACUGGUUGGACACAGAGGAAUGGUGGGAGAAACCAGCUGGGGAAUCACCAAGGGAAGAAGGUUCAGAGCCCAGGGACUGGUGGUGGCACAAUCAUGAGUGGUCAGAGGGAGAAAACUUGGAAGAGGGGGUGUCAGAAGCUGAAGAGGUAACAGGGAGCCGGGGAGUAUAUGGCAGAGAGAUGUCCAGAAUCAGAGGCAGAAGCUGAUCAGGGGAGGAGGAAGACCAAGAGGCAGAGAUGAGUCAGGUUGGUGAAGAGUCACAGGUGUCUCCCUCUCCUGCUGUGACAAGCUCCACUCCGCACUUAUCUCCCAGAAACAGAAGAAGCAUAAAAAGGGUGGAGGAGAGGUUGGCUUCAUGGAGGCGCAGUCUCUGAUUGCUUGGAAAAGGCCCUGGAGAGGAGGGGACUUAGACGGCUGUGAGUAGGAGGGGAUCCCUGGGACAAGACCUGCUGGGAAUUAGUUGCUGUGCUCAUUGGGCCUGACACUCUGCCAAGUCUGUGCAGAUUGUGUUCUUGCUAAUAAAGAGUUAACUCCAAUGUGCAUGGUGUGAUUUGCUGUUGGCUCGCUCCUGAGGAGGGUAUUGAAGAGAUAGCUUCCACACAGGCACAGUCUCUGGCUGUGUGUGCGCAGCCCAUCAGGGGAAGGUACAUAAACUGGUGGAGGGGGAGUGGCCUCCUGUUACUGCAACUGCUUCAUAGAGAGCAGACCUGGGAAUAGCUGCACAGAUUCUAGACUCCUGUGUGUGGGUAUUUGGAGCCACAGAAACUACUGUAAGUGUCUGCUUUGGACAAUUAUGAGUUAACUAUGUGCCAAGUGCAUUUCUUUGGCUGGGGAGCACCCGUGACACAUACGGACAGGAUGAGAAACUCUCUCCAUCUCUGGCUUGGUCUGAUGAGAGUUGGAAGUCCAACAGCAUCUGGAGAGGCAUAAGCCCCCAGCCCUUCUGUGUGGAGGUGGGGAAGGUGUAGCAUAACCUGCUCCCUGCCAUGCUACUUAACUGCAUGUAAGAGCUAGUUUUUUCCAUGCGGCAGCAUUCAAAAUUAUGAUCCCCCUCAAUCUGUAUUCUGAUGUAGUGAAGGGAGCAAAACCCUGCCUGGGUGCUCAACUUUCCCUCCUCCACUCUGCUGCCUCAGGCUGUUUUCUCCCAGCCCAACUCCAACACCGAUGUGAGGAAACCUGGGGAGAUGAAGGGAUGGGUUAUAGCGGGGGUGGGCACAGUAUGGGUCCCAAUUUGGCUGGUGAGGUCAUUUGCCUAGUACCAUGCCCACCUGCCCCACACAUGAUCAGGUGCAGGCAGGUAGAGUAGUGCUGCAGUGACUGUGCGACCGCACUCCUCGUGGUCUAACGGGCAACGCGUUCAAGUCUGCUGUAUAAUCUUCACAGUGAGGUGAGGGUUUGGCUCCUCUCACCCACACCUCCCUUUUCAUGUGAAAUUCAGACCUUCUCAUCUCCACUUGAAACAUGAAUGAUGCUGAUAGAUAAAUAAGCAACAUCACUGCCUCUGCCAUCUCUAGUUUGGCCUUGAAUGCUUACAAAAUUGUCAUGGACUUUAACCCCCCACAUUAUCUAACCCUGUCCUGGCAGCUGACUCUUAAGCAUCCUAUGUGCUUUCACGUAAGUGUGGGCCCUGUGUCAUGAAUUCUGAUGUGAAUGGCAGAGCAGUUAGUGAUGUCCCGGCCUCAAGAUCCAUGCACACAUUCUGCAUGCCAUUAGGAAAGCAGGACUUUUCAUCAGUUAGAAUCCAUUCCAUCCAAAACACACUUUCCUAAUAACCUAUUAGAUGAAACGAUGUCAAUUCUAUGCAAUCUAAUUAUAUAUGUAGAGCAGCACACUGCAAAUUUCCUAUCCCAUUCCAGCAAGUUGCCAAACACAGGCAUAAUCUCACAUUUCCAUUUGGUUGUGGUUUCUAAUGUUUGUUUGUUUUGUUUAGUGUGCAUUUUUUCAAAUAUUGGAGCAAUUAAGUUGGCGAAAUGUACAGAGCUUUGCAAAUGUAACUUGGUUUCAUUUCCACAAGAAAUGAGAAGUCAGGAACAUUUACUUUGGAAGACUGAGAACUCUGUUGACUUUAUGCACUUUUUUGGAGGGAGGGGGAAAUGUCAUAGAAUUGUAGAGUUUGAAGGUACUCCCAACGAUCAUCUAGUCCAGUGCCCGGCAAUGAAGGAAUCUCAAAUAGAUCAUACAUGACAGAGGACCAUCCAACUUCUGCUUAAAAACCUCCAAGGAAGGAGAGUCCACAACCUUCCAAGGGAGUCAGUUCCACUGUUGAACAGCUGUUACCAUCAGAAAGUUCUUUCUAGUGGAAUCUGAAUCUCCUUUCUUGUAACGUGAAAACAUUGGUUUUGGUCCUGGCCUCCAAAAGCAGGAGAAAACAAGUUUGCUCCAUCCUCCAGCCCUUUAGAUAUUUGAAGAUAGCUAGCAUCUCCUCUCAGGUUCCUCUACGAGGCUAAACAUACCCAACUCCCUCAACCAUCCCUCAUAAGACUUGGUUUCCAGACCCUUUAUCAUCUUGGUCACCCUCCUUUGCACACAUUCCGGUUUGUCAAUAUAUUUCCUCGUAUCAUUUACAGGAUGA